CAGCGCUGAUGACGCAGAAGCUGUGUUCUCGGGGAGGCGUGUGGAGGCGUGUGGCGGCGUGCUGCUUGCUCGAGCUUCAGGAUGGCGUCUCGCGGCCGCAGACCCGAGCACGGCGGACCUCCGGAGCUGUUUUACGACCAGAAAGAAGCCCGGAAAUACGUUCGCAACUCGAGGAUGAUUGAUGUCCAGAGCAGGAUGACAGAGAGAGCAUUGGAGCUCCUUUCUCUGCCCGAGGGACAGCCCUGUUACCUGUUGGAUAUUGGCUGUGGUACUGGUCUGAGUGGAGAUUACCUCUCGGACGAGGGGCACUACUGGGUGGGCAUGGACAUCAGCCCCGCCAUGCUGGAUGCCGCCUUGGACCGAGAAAUCCAGGGAGACGUUCUUCUGGGGGACAUGGGCCAGGGUAUUCCUUUCAAACCUGGUUCCUUUGAUGGUUGUAUCAGCAUCUCUGCUGUGCAGUGGCUCUGUAACGCUAACAAGAAGUCUGAGGUCCCUACCAAGCGCCUGUAUUGCUUUUUUUCUUUCCUGUAUUCUGUUCUUGUCCGUGGGGCCCGGGCUGUCCUGCAGCUGUACCCGGAGAACCCAGAGCAGUUGGAGCUCAUUACGACCCAGGCCACGCGGGCUGGCUUCACGGGCGGCGUGGUGGUGGAUUACCCGAACAGUGCCAAAGCAAAGAAGUUCUAUCUCUGUCUGUUCUCUGGGCCUUCGGCCCCUCUGCCCAAGGGGCUGAGCGAAAGUGAGAACAGAGAGGAGGCCACGGAGUCCACGUUCACCAAGGACAGGGCCCUGCACAGGCUGGUGCGGCGCGGCGUGGUAAAGAAGAGCCGAGAGUGGGUGCUGGAGAAGAAGGCCCGCCGGCGGCGGCAGGGCAAGGAAGUCCGGCCUGACACCCAGUACACGGGCCGGAAGCGCGGGCCCCACUUCUGAGCUGCGUGUUUCCCUCCAUUACUGACAACAUGGCAUUUCAGAAGAGUUCUAC